AUUACCUACACUGGCAGCAAUUCCCAUGAACAGACAACAUCCACGUACCAGCUCGUGGCUUCCAACCACCCUCUCAUCUCUCUUUGGGGGAAAGUCUCAAACCCCAUUGUGAUGGCCUGUUGCGAACGCGUGGUGUCGGAGGAAGCACUGUACAUGGAGCUGUUAGCUGCCAAACAUGACAAUGAAGCACCGGAUGCAGGUGCUCUUGAGGGCUCUGGAGAUGAAUACGCGCCGUAG